AUGUUCGACGAGAACAGUAAUACCGCCGGCGCUGGAGCUGUGGUGGCGCAGUCGGCUCCAAAUUCGGCUAUCGUCACACAAUUGCUCAACGUCAAGGAUAGCCGUUGGCUUCAGGUUGAAGUCUGUCGUGAAUUUCAACGUGGACAAUGCGCCAGAAGCGAUUUGGAGUGCAAAUUCGCUCAUCCGCCUCCACAUGUGGACGUACAACAAGGACGUGUCACAGCAUGUUACGAUAGCAUAAAGGGUCGAUGUACAAGGGAGAAUCCAAAGUGCAAAUAUUUACAUCCACCACAACACAUCAAGGAUCAGUUGCUCAUCAAUGGAAGAAACAAUUUGGCAUUGAAGAACCUGAUAUCAGCACAGUUAAACCAGACAGCCACCGGACAACCCAUUGCAGUUAAUCCAAUUGCGCAAAUUAUGGCGGUGGCGGCCGCGAAUAUGAUGCCCACACUACCAUAUCCCUACUAUCAGGGUUUGGUGUAUUCUCCAGUUCUACAGGAUCCAUAUCAGGCUGCUGUGUCGCAGGCCGGUGUCCCUUGCAAACGUCCUGCCGUCGACAAGAACGGAGCUGUUGUGUACAGUGCAAAUCCACAACCAGCUCAGCAAUUCAAUCCCUAUGUUCUACCGGGUCUUCAGGGCUAUGUACCCGCCGUGUCAUGUAAGUGUGCUGCUUAA